AUGAGGCGUGUCCUCCUGCCCUGGGCAGCCUCAGCCGUCCUCCUGCUGGGACAUCUGACGGCUUCAGAAGGAACAACGGAGUUGGGAGAGGCAUUGCAGCUUCAAAUCAUCAACUUUAAUUUUGAGACCGUGAAGGUUACUUGGAAUGCAAGUGCAUACUCUGGGACUAAUUGGUCAUUCUUCUACAAAUUGAGAAGAAAUGAGGCAUACACACCAUGUUCCAACUAUAUCCUUCAGCAAGGUUACACGGCCGGGUGCCUGCUGGAGGUAGAAGACGACAGAGUUCUCCAUUUCUCCAUCAGGAAUGGAACACAGCCUCUUCUCACCAAGAGCCUAUGGAUCAGUUCUUACCUGAAACCCAGAUCCCUCAGGGAUCUGAGCUUCCAGUCGCAUCCGGGAGCGGUGACAGUGACUUGCUCUGACCUGCGGUACAAAGAUCUCCUGUAUGAAAUCCAACACAAGAGCACCUUUGACACCGAGUGGCAGUCCAAGGAGGCAAAAACCUGCAAUGUCACGAUUGACGGUUUGGAUGCUGAGAAGUGUUACUUAUUUCGGGCCAGAGUGAAAACGCUGGAGUCCAGUUACGGCUCUGACACAUACCCAAGUGACUGGUCAGAGGUGACACACCAGCAGAGGGGUAAGCUCACAGAGUCCUGCCAGGAAAACAGCCUUUUCCCCAAUUUUAUUUUAAUUGGUGGUAUGGUUACCUUCCUGAUAAUCUCCCUUCUCCUUCUGUCUUUAUGGAAACUGCGGAGGAUUAAGAAGGUUCUCAUGCCCAGUGUGCCAGACCCCAAAUUCACCUUCUCUGGGCUCUUUGAGUCUCACCAAGGUAACUUCCAGGAGUGGAUCACGGACACGCAGAACGUGGCUCACUUGAAUAAGAUGGAAGACGGGGAGCAGGAGUGCAUCCUGGAAGAGGCCGUGAUGGUACAGCCGACCAAGGCUGAGACACCCAAGACAGCAGCGAGGAGCCCCGUGUACCCGCAGACGGGAGAGGAAGAGGCCGCCGGGGACCCUGGCCAAGUGUUUUGCCAGCCCCCGCAGUGUGGGGAGGUGGUGUCUCUCGGGGAUUUUAUGUUUGUGAUGAGUGACAACUCAUACAUGAUGUUCUGAGGUGGUGCAAACUCAAAAGCCAACAUCAGAAUGUACAUUGACAUUGUAGGACCCAGGAG